CAAGACCUCGAUCUCGUAGCUCAGCACCGCUCACCGGCCCUUACACUUGCAGCCUCGCCGCCAGUCAUGGGGAGAAAGGCAGAGGUGCAGAGGCUCCAGCUGGAGAAGCUCAUGGGGCCUGAGGCCAUGGGUCUCACAACAGAGCAGCUCCAUUUCUCUGACAGCAAGGUCUGUCGCAACUUCCUCUGCGGCACCUGCCCACACGACCUCUUCAGCAAUACCAAGGUCGACCUAGGCCCUUGUCCCAAAUCCCAUACUGCCCGUCUCAAGGACGAGUACAAGUCCUCCGUGUCCUCGGGCAAGCGAUACCCCGAAUUUGAAGUAGAGCACGAGGACAAUAUUCGCCGUUUCAUGGCCGACAUCGACCGAAAGAUCUCGGCGAACAAGAGGAGAAUAGAGCAAACGCCAGAGGAGACGGCCAAAUUUGCCAACUUGCUCAGAGAUAUAUCUGAGAUAGAGACGGCAAUGAAUGCCGCCAUGGCCGAGGUGGAGCGAUUGGGCGAGCAAGGAGAGGUGGAAGCUUCACUGCAGGAACUGGCCAAGGCCGAGGCCCUGAAGCAGGAGAAGGGGGAGAGGGAGCACGAGCUGCAGGUGCUUAGCGACAGUGCCGGGGCUAGUGGGCAUCAGAAAUUGAGGGUGUGCGAUGUUUGUGGAGCGUACCUGUCCAUCCUCGACUCGGAUAGGCGACUGGCGGAUCAUUUCGGUGGAAGGAUGCAUUUGGGCUACCUGAGGUUGAGGGAGAUCAUCGCCGAAUUUGAAGAGAGGAGGUUGAAGGGUGAGGAUCCGCGGACGCUCAUGGCUAGAGGCGUGGGGAGCAGCGGAACGACGAAUGGCACAGCACCAUCGGCCACCAACGGGCACGCCGCACCUCCUGGAGGGCCACGAGUCAAUGGUGGAGGUGCGGCCGCGGCGCCAAUGAUGCCCGCGAACGGACGGUCCUACGGAGGCAUGCCCACCGACUACUACGGUGCGCCUCCGGCAGGCUAUGGAGCCAGUGCCAGCAGCAGCUACCAAUCACAACAUCAGCAGCCUCGUCAAGCUGAGCCGUCGAGCCUGUCAUACGGCGACGGCGACCGAGACGCCGAGCGCGACCGACGCGAGCGAGAGAGGAGGGACAGGAGGGAGGGUAGGGACGUAAGGGACAGGGACCAGCCAGCAGCUGGCGCUUCAUCAUCGAGUGGCGCCGGAGGGUAUCGCUCCUCGAGGUACGACGGCGACCCGCGGGCUAGCGCCGCGGCGAGGAGGUCGAGGUCACCGCGAGACCGCGACAGAGACCGCGACCGUGAUCGCGACAGGGGUGGUUCGCGUUAUUGAGGUUGAGGGUGGAAGGGAGGAGCAAGAACCGGCUGUGCUCAUUGUCGCUUCCUCUGCGACGCCAUCGCUACCAUCUACAGAGCUCGUCUCUUUCUGUACUUUGUACUCGGCACCUACGAAUCACUCAAGCGCAAUUUCGUGAUUAUGCGCAGGAUGUGGAUGACAUUCGUGAUAUACAUUGAUGGG